UCUCUAUAUACACACACAAACAUUAGUUAUAGAAUUUAAAGGAAUAUCGUAUAUUAUAUUUUAACUUUUCUCCGAAACAAGUAAAAAAAAUGCACGAAAAUUUCAGCAACGGAGAAUUAAAUGAAGCUUUUACGCCUGACGAGAAAGUGGAAUCAGGAGUUACUGACAUUACGGGAACUCGUAAGGCUGAAAAUUUUCAAAUGGUAACCGAACAGGAUGUAAAGCAUCGUAAACCGGAGGCCGGAUUGAAAAAGUUCACGAUUACAUGUCUUAGACGUUCAGUGCACUUAGUAGUAAUAGGAUAUUUCGCAUAUGCCACUUAUCAUCACCUGGAUGUUGAAUCUAAUUAUUGCAAUGAUGGCAAAAAUGAUAAUCACAUUGUUAAUGAGGAUGGAUCUGGUAAUCAAACUAAUCACCCUCUAUGCGGCAUGCAAUAUUGUGACGGUUAUGGUUUCUUAGCUUUAUUGCUUGGUUUCACAUAUUUAGGUCUGUUUUAUUAUUUAGUAUUUAAGCCCAAAAUUGGUCAUCGUUUAUAUCGCAGCAUUUUGAAACCACUGCGCACAAAGUGUCUGCAUUUUAGUAAACAAAGACCUAUAUCCCUGUUACAGUUACUUAUUCUAGUCUUAGCUUUGGUUAUUUUCUUAUAUUUCGAAACACGUAAUGCUCCAAGCAAAUUGGUCGCUUUAUUGGCUCCCUGUGUUUUCAUACUGGGCGGUUAUGUAUUUUCAUCACAACGUCAAGCUAUCAAAUGGCGACAAAUUACAAUUGGUGUCGCCGUCCAAUUCUUACUCGGUAUCGUUUGCAUACGUUGGAGAGUGGGGCGUAAUAUAUUUAAUUGUAUUGGCGAUAAAGUGGCCACAUUUCUGUCGUACGCCGAUGCUGGCAAUCGUUUCGUUUUUGGUGAUACCAUAGUUACUGAAGGUGUCUUCGCUUUUACCGCUUUACCUGUGAUAUUCUUUUUCAGUUUCAUUAUAUCCGUUUUAUAUUACUUAAACGCGAUGCAAAUCGUUAUUAUGAAAUUGGGUUGGAUACUCCAAAAGCUAUUGGACACUACCGUAUGUGAAAGUGUUAACGCUGCAGCCAAUAUUUUCUUAGGCAUGUCCGAAUGCCCACUUGUCAUUAGACCUUAUAUAUCGCAAUUAACAGCCAGUGAAAUCCAUUCAAUAAUGGUUUCGGGGUUCGCUACAGUUUCGGGCACGGUGUUAGCAGCAUAUUUAAAAUUUGGAGCUUCUGCUGCUCAUCUUAUAACCGCUAGUGUAAUGGCUGCUCCAGCGUCGUUAGCUUUAUCGAAACUUUAUAUGCCAGAAACCGAAGAGAGUAAAACAAAAUCGGACAAUAUAAGAUUAGCAAAAUCAGAAGAUACCUCCGUUUUGGAUGCAGCCGCGAAUGGUGCCAAUAACGCUUUACCUAUUGUUUUGGGAAUUGUAGCAAACUUGGUAGCUUUUCUGGGCUUUAUAACUUUUCUGAAUGCGCUGGUCAGUUGGCUUGGUUUCUUAGUGGGCCUCGAUCAAAUCGAUUUCGAAUGGGUUUUCUCCAAAUUAUUUAUACCCUUGGCUUGGAUUAUGGGAGUGCCAUGGAAAGACUGUGAUAUCGUAGCCAAAGUGGUGGCAACAAAAACAAUAAUCAACGAAUUUGUAGCCUACGAACGUCUGGGAGAAUAUAUAAAAAACCAAGCAAUUGAUGCACGAAGUGCUGCCAUAGCAACAUUUGCCAUUUGCGGGUUUGCUAAUCCGAGCUCCAUGGGUAUAUUAAUUGGCAGUCUAAGUGCUAUGGCCCCAAAGCAAAGACCUCUAAUCGCCAAGGUAGCUUUUCGAGCAUUUGUGGUUGGGAGUAUAGUGUGCUUUAUGUCGGCCAGCUUUGCAGGUAUAUUUAUAGACGAGGAACAGGAUUUACAAUAAUAAUAAGAUAAUAUAUAUAAAUAUGUAUAAGAUGCAUUAAUGUUUUUUAAUAUUUUUUUAA